AUGUAUCAUACACAGUGCCACUUGUAUAAACCGGAUUCGUCCGGUGCUCCUUUUUUGUCUCGGAUCCAUCACCAUGUUCGGUGCGCACCGUCAACGUGCGAGAAGCCCCUGUUCUACCUUCCUACCACACGAGAGUACAGAAGCCCACCGCCCAUAAUCUCACACCCCGAAAGGCCUGGUUGCCAGAAGAAGACAAGACAAUUGUUCAGCUUCGAAAUCAGCGUGUUGGAUGGUCAUCCAUCAGCAAGCAUUUUAAUGGGAGAAGCCCUACUGCUUGCCGCCUCCAGCGAUGGGACAACUGGGACGACGAAAAAAAACCAGUUGGCGCGACAGUAUCUCAGACAUGGAUCGGGUCUAUGGUUAAAAAUAGCCAAGGGUAUGGAUGUUCCGCCGCGCGCAGCAGAGGGUAUGUUUUGGGAGCUAGGGGAUAAGGAGAUCGCUCGCCGCGCCGGAACUAUAUUCUCCUCACAUCAUCCCGAGGAUUUUUCAUCUCGCUUUAGCAGCCAAUGUGGGAGCAUUUCUGUCAGCGACAUGUCAGAGAGGAGUGGCGGGACUGUUUUCAACAAGAAGCCAGCCAUUCAACUUCCCUCGCUAAAGGAU